AACCUGGCCGCACGGUAGGAGGGUGAAGCUGUUUUCUCUGUGGCGAGCACAGAGGGGUGCAAGGCCACACCGGCACUUCGGAUCGGAUCGUGUUAGGUUCAAGGUUAAAAAGUCUGGAAAUCGGAGAGUUGUCUGCACAAUGAGUCGAGCUCUACUGAUACCCUUAUGUGCUGCCUUUCUAACUGUGGGGAUAUGCGAAGCACGUUGCAGUCGCUCGAGGCCAAAAUCCUGCGGAAGGACAGUGUCGUCUUACCGCGGCUGGAUAAAAUCACCAGGAUUUCCGCGCCCAUACCCCUCCGCCAUGACAGAAGAUGAUCGGAUUUGCACCUGGACGAUACGUCUCCCCCUCUCCCGCGGCAUCAAGAUCAUACUGUACGGCUUCGAUUUGAAUUUUGAAAAGACAGGGGUUGGGCCGACAAAUGAUGCAUUACAGAUAUACAUGGAUGAGUCAUGUAACACUCUGCUGAGAAAUUAUGAGGGGAACUAUACCGACGCGGACCUAAUUCACGUUCCCAGCAACAAAGCGUGCAUCAAAUUUCUCAGGAGAACAGAACAAAAUUACCAACACAACGGAUUUUCCUUGGGUUAUGAAGCUGUUGAUGCCAGUGAUGAGUGUGACAGCAAUCAGACAACCACUCUGACGUCUGAUGAAGGGUACAUCUACAGUCCAGGAUACCCCGUAGCAAGUUAUGAACAGGAACUCAACUGCACGUGGCUCAUCCAAGCCGAGCCCGACCAGACAAUCCAGAUAACAUUCCUAGAUUUCCAACUCAGCUAUACCUUCAGCUGUGACUUUGCCACUGAUUACGUUCAGGUUUUCGAGUUGAAUUCAUCUCUGAACUUUAAAUACUGUGACCAGGAUUCUCCGGCUCCGUUCACGAGCUACUCUAAUAUCAUCUCGGUAUUCUUCAAAUCUGGAAGGUGGAGGAACAAAGGAUUCUGGCUACACUAUAAGGCAAACACUGCUGGUGUCCUGUCAGACGAGCCCAUCCCUGACUACCGCCAGAUCGUGGACGAAUGGAGGAAUUCAAAUUCGCCACUGAUGCCGCACGAAGGUAGGAAACGGGGAAUAAGACCAUGGCAAUCUUAUGCUGAAUCAAAGGGACAUUUUGUGGCCGUGCGGGUUAUCCUUGUAACAUCGCUGUCGGCAGCAACCGUCUUCAUCGCAGGAUUAUAAUUCAGAUUCCUGACGUAGAGAUAUAGAAACCAUUCUCUAUAUAGAUAAAGACGUUUACAUGAUUUAUCGGUUUGCAACUAUUGUAGAUGGGCUGAGUACCAUCGAAAGUGUAUAUAAUGUUUCGAGUGACAGAAACGUUGUAGUAUCGUUUUCCAACACGUUCUCCUUGUUUAUGUUACAAAAGAACGUUGUGCUUGUACAUGUACUUGUGUCUGUAUGAUUAGGACCUGAUGUUGAAAAUAAGUCUGAUGCAUUUCAGAUUGACAUUGCUAAAUAGCAUUUGUUGGAUCACUCCAGACGAAAUUUGAAUAAAGGAUCACAUAAAAUUAAUUUUCCAAGGCCUUAGAUGACGUUGCAUCGUUUUUUUUUAAGUAUAUCGAUGACAAUGUGUGGGAUGAGUUGCAGUCCGACCGUUGCAGUAUUUGUCGUGAAUUGCAAACUGUAUGUAGAUAUGUCAGUAUAAUUUUGUCAAUCAUUACGACGGGAAACAUUUUGUGUAGUGUGUUUCAUAUCCAUCUACAUCGUCUAGGACUCCUAGUAGUGAGCUAUUAAUACAUAUAAUUAACAGACGUACUUGCAAGGCAAAGGCAUUUUGUUAUUUGUAGUGUACUUUUAUUGUAGAGAAUGUGUCUGAAAUGUUUAAAGUUAUACUUCCUUCUAUUAAGGCCCACAUUCAUGUGAAUGAAUAUUGCGGCUUUAGGGUAGUGAAGCAAAGUCUACUAUCUUCAUUUCAUUCGUGCUGAAAGAUUCAAACAAUUUUGUAUCGUUUUCAUGACGACACAGUACAAUGUUUUUUGAUGAUAAUAGCGUUUCCAUGUUUGCUAUGUACAGGAAAUGAUAUGCGCUCCUUAUUAAAUGAACAUCAAGAUUGACCUUAUGCUAGGAUAAUAAUAAAGUCAUGUAAAAAGUUUGGUUUUUCAGUACAGCAUUAAAGUUCAACGAAACCUCACCAUUUGUACGGCUGGGUUUUGCGGCAACAUUGACAAUAUAUCAUGUAGACAGAUGAAUUA